GCGGGGGGAGCAAAGAGGAAAAGAGAGAGAGAGAGAGAGUGAGACAAAGAAAGAGAGAGAAAGAGAGAGAGCAAACACAAGGAUAGCAGGCUUGACAUAUACAUAUUCGCAGUGAACAAACAGACAUCCUAAUGCCAGAGAAAGACAGACGAAGCCAGUGAGAGAAGAAGGUCACCUCUAGAGCAGUGAAGGAACGGGGGGUCAUACCUGAAGACUGAACUCUGGAAGUCUGGAAAUGGGAAUUCAGGAGGUCCUGCUUUAAACUGAAGAACACAUUUUGAUGCCACAACAUUGAAAACGACCAGGGAACACAGCAUUACUGAGGGUCACAAUGGAGAAACUCUCUGAAAAAGAUAAAGGUCUGAUCCGGGACAGCUGGGAGAGUCUGGGGAAGAACAAGGUGCCACAUGGAAUUGUUAUGUUCACGAGGUUAUUUGAGCUGGAUCCAGCAUUACUUACUCUCUUCAGCUACAGCACAAACUGUGGGGUCGCACCUGAAUGCCUCUCCAGCCCAGAGUUCCUCGAGCAUGUCACCAAGGUCAUGCUAGUGAUCGAUGCAGCUGUGAGCCAUCUUGAUGACCUACAUACAUUGGAGGAAUUCUUGUUGAACCUGGGCAGGAAGCACCAGGCAGUUGGGGUGAAGACCCAGUCCUUUGCUGUGGUUGGAGAGUCCUUGCUCUAUAUGCUUCAGUCCAGCCUAGGUCCAGCCUACACAACACCACUACGCCAGGCCUGGCUCAAUAUGUACAGCGUCGUGGUAUCAGCCAUGACCAGAGGAUGGGCCAAGAAUGGUGAACAUAAGUCCAACUGAGAAUGAGGUAGAUGUGAGAUUCACACUGGAACACCCAGUUUCUGUGAAGGCCACCAGAUGUAUCUUCUCAUGUAUCAGAAGAUACAUCCACCAGAUGUAUCUUCUGAGUUGUGUUUUGGCUCCCUGAACAGUCCUAACUUUGGUAGCUUGGUCUAACUGUAGACUGAGAUUGUAGUUAGAGAUAACGAAGCCUAUAAGGUUGAAGUAUGCUUUUCAAGAGUCCAGGACAUAGAUAGUUUAUGGUUGAAACUUCAAAAGCAAAAGUGGCUUUGUACAUAUAGUAAUCACUAAAUGUAUUUCCUCAAACUAUCUUAAAUGACUGUCUUGAUGUAUUGGUGUUUCAUGUGAGCGUAAAACAGAGGUUUGACUAUGCACAUGUGAGCUUGGUCAACUUGGAAAAAGUUGUUUUAUUCUGUCGCCUCUUGGAAUCAAUUUAGAUAAAGGCCUUUAGAGCCACUACAAUUUCACUUUAACCUUAAAUUACACAGAAUUAAUUGUAUAAUCUUGCCUGUGCUGUGUUAGUUUAAGUUUAGUGAUGUUCAGUAAAUUAUCUGAGCAUGAACAUAGUAGUAUUUGGCAAUAUGGUCCAAAUGAUAGUGUCAGACAAUAAGCAAUCAGUAGCCAUAAUGUUUUGAUGCCAUCCAAAUGUUCAUGAGAAAUUUUGUUUGCCACAUUCUUCAACCAUUAUCAGUAUUUCUGGCGAUGAAAGUAAAUGACGAGAACUGUUACAUCCGAAAUAGCUUUUGGAAUUUUUAGACUGUUAAUUUAUGAACCUGUGCCAUGUCAUAAGUUUACAUUUCCAUUGUAUGGGAUUAUAAUCUAAGCAUUCUACUCCAAGGCUUACUUACGAAAGACUUGUGUAGACUGUUACUUACCAUAAAGUGACUGUUAUAUCAUAGAAACCAGAUGAUUUGUUCACUUAUUUACAAUUGUAGAUAGUCAAAAAGUGUUUAUGCUAAAUGAUCCACUCCAGUGGGCAUUGGCUAUAUAUAAUAAUUUUUAUUUCAAAUUUUGUUUUUCAGAGUUUUUGUUCGCAAACUUUCUGAGUAUUUUUAAAAAAUAGUAAAUUGCAUUAGUUGGCUUAUUACAACCGUGUAAGUUAAGAACAUACACACUCUUAUCUAAGAUAAGAAUAUUUGUUGCCAUAAUUAUGAGCUAUAGAAAAACGUUAAAAGCGAUGAUAACCGUUUUUGCUGCUAUCAUUAAAACAUUAAAUAGCUUUGUAGAACAUUUGUCCUCUUUAUAUGAGAGAUAUUUCUACAUUUAAAUGGUUCAGACCAAGUAUUUCAAAGUGCGUACAACUGUCACAGAUAUUGAAACUGCUGGUUCAUUUUACAUGUUACGUUAUAUGACAAUACCUACUUUAGGUAUAUAGACUUUUCUGUAUAUUAAGGUGUAUGUGGAUUGUAGUGUUGUCAAAAGUACCGACUUCAGUACCAAGUCGGUACUGAAAUUUAAAAAAUGUGACAAUACCAGCAUUUCCCCAUAGCAUUUUGAGCGCUGUUGAGCGGAUACGUAAACACCUCUGAUUGGCCAUUGUGUUCACAUGCUCAACAGAUAUGUCUGUGAUUGGCUACAAUGAUCAACGCUUUAAAAACAUGUUGUAAAUAGACACAAUAUUUAUUACAACACGUUUUUGAAGCGAUGAUCAUUGUAGCCAAUCAAAGACAUAUCUGUUGAGUGUGUGAACACAAUGGCCAAUCAGAGGUGUUUAAGAACCUGCUCAACAACACUCAAAAUGCUAUGGGGAAAUGCAGGUAUUGUCACAUUUUUAAAAUACCGAACUUUUGACAACACUAGUGGAUUGAUUAUUUAAUUUCAUGUAUUGUUCAAUGGUGCACUAUAAUACUUUUUUUUUUGCGUAAAAUGUAUAAUUUGUUUUUCUCUUUCAAAGACUGUUCUCUUUUUCUGAAUAUGUAUCACCUAAUGGCUUUCCUAUGACCUGUCUUUAUGGAAUGAUCCGCUUAUUGGUAUUGAAAAUCUUUUACAAAGAUGCAAUGGUUAUAACAUUUUCAAGUGAAAGUGUUCCUUUGUGAUAAUCUAUGUUUAUUGACCAUUGAAGUAUUGUGUGUUUGUGUGUAGUGUUUGCUUCUGUGCUUUUUUCUUGAUAUUCUGUGACUGAAUUGUCUCAAUGUCUACCUCACUGAAGCAGCUGAUAUUAAACAGCGAUGUUAUGACCUGGCUCCUCAGUAACCAAAAAAGUUAUAUUUCAAUUAUACUGUACAUCCUGUUUCCUCAGCCAGUCACCAAUCUAACUAGAACCAGGAUCAGUCAAGGCUCUAUGUAAACACAUGUGUUUGAAGCUUAUUUGUAAUAAAUGACAGAAAUAAAGAAUAACUUGCUUAUGGGUC